GUUGGCAGAGGAGAUGAAGGCCAAGGGCAUCGUGCCCAAUGUGGGGACAUACAAUGGUUUGAUGAACGCACUGGCAAGUGAAAGAGACAUUGUUACUGGAUAUGCUCUGCUGGAGGAAAUGACUCGUGCAGGAUUGGCUCCUACAGUGCCUACCUUUAACGCUCUGCUCAGAUGCUGCUCCUCUCCCUUUGAUGUCAAGCGCGCCUUUGCUCUCUACGAGAUGAUGCAGAGGCGGUUCAAGCUCAAGCCGACGCUCCGGACUCGUGAGUCGCUGCUGCUGGCGACCGCAGAGGGCGGGAGGCUGGAUGUGGCCCUCCGUCUGCUGCAGGACGUCCUGGAUGAUGGCCAUCUCCCGCACUCGGCCGUCUAUCUUGGCCUCUUCAACGCCGCCAUCAGGCACGCCGAUCCGCCAGCGGCGCUGGUUGUCCUUCGCGAGCUCGAGCUGACAGGCGCGUCAGUGGCCAACAACGUGUACUGGCGGGCGCUCUCGCUCUUUACCACCCAUUUGCAUGCAGAGGGCACCGCCUUUGCGCUCGACAAGGUCGCGGCGCGGACAGACGAGCUCGUUGCCGCCGCCCAAACGACCGGCGGCUGUCGCAGUCGGCUCGACCGAGGGAUCUUGGCCGCCGUGCUAGACACAGCUGUCGCUUCCGGUGAGCUGGAGCUGGCCCGGGCGGGGUCCGAGCUGUGGCUAGAGGCCGGGUACGAGCCGCGCGAGGCGGAGCUUGCGCUCAUCAACAGCGCUGCGCAGGCGAACGAUGUGUCGACGGCGCUGCGACUGAUGUGCGAGGCCGACGAGAACGGAUGCGGCGAAGUGCUGAGCGUCGAUGAGCUGAUGCCUGUGGUCGACGCCAUUGGUGCCUCGCCCGAGACUGCCGAGGCUGCGUGCGACGUGCUGGAGGCGGCGAUAGCCGAUGGCAGUGCGCCCACCAUUAGUGCGUUCAACGUUAUUCUGCAAGCUUGCGCGCGGAUCGGCGAGACUGAGCGCAUGGCUGCCACGUUCAAGGAGGCUGUGGCGCAGGGCGUGGUACCGACGGCCGAGACCUUUGACGCGCUGCUCCUCGGCUACGCCACGUUUGGGCAGAUGCACGAGGUGGGCUUUUACGACAAGCUCAUGGCCGACUCGGGCUUUUCCCGGUCGCCGGCAUCGUAUGCGGCGCUGCUGUUGGCAGCGGUUCGGUCUGAGACGCUAGAGACGGUCGAGGCCAUGCUGACCGACGCCGCGGCGGCAAAGGUGGCGGUUCCGGUGGUGGCGCUGGAGACCGUGUUCAAGAAGGCGAUUCGCGUCGAGGCGCCUGAAGUCGCCAAGCUCGUUGUUCAUCAUCUCGGGACCGCCGGGCUUACCAUGCCUACCUCGGGCCGCGCUUUUGCGGCGCGGUACGGCGCCGAGCAUCUGCUUCGCGACAGCUAGCUUGAUUAAAGGUCGGAGUCG